AUGCUGUUCCGUCGUCGGAAGGAGAAGCGCGAGGUGAGGACCUUCGAGGACCUCACCCGCUUCCCAAUGGCCUUCUACAAGACCAUCGGCGAGGACCUUUACUCGGACCGGGACCCGAACCUGAUUCGGCGCUAUCUGCUGCGGCUGUACUUGGUGCUGGGGUUCCUCAACUUUAACGCGUACGUGGUGGGGGAGAUCGCCUACUUCAUCGUGCAUAUUACCUCGACGACGACCCUGCUGGAGGCCACCGCCGUGGCGCCCUGCAUCGGCUUCAGCUUCAUGGCCGACUUCAAGCAGUUCGGGCUGACGGUGAACCGAAAGCGGCUGGUCCGGCUACUGGACGACCUCAAGGCGAUCUUCCCCACGGAGCCGGAACAGCAGCGCGCCUACAACGUCUCCUACUACCAGAAGCACAUGAACAGCGUGAUGACCCUCUUCACGAUCCUCUGCAUGACGUACACCUCCUCGUUCAGCUUCUACCCGGCCAUCAAGUCGACCAUCAAGUACUACUUCAUGGGCUCCGAGAUCUUUGAGCGCAACUACGGCUUUCACAUCCAGUUCCCGUACGACGCCGAGACGGAUCUGACCGUCUACUGGUUCUCCUACUGGGGCCUCGCCCACUGCGCCUACGUGGCCGGGGUGUCGUACGUGUGCGUGGACCUCCUCCUGAUCACCACCAUCACCCAGCUGACGAUGCACUUCAGCUACAUGGCCGACUGCCUGGAGGCCUACGACGGGGGGGAGCACUCCGAUGAGGAGAACAUCAAGUACCUGCACGACCUGGUCGUCUACCACGCCCGGGCCCUAGAUCUCAGCGAGGAGGUGAACAGCAUCUUUAGCUUCCUCAUUCUGUGGAACUUUAUCGCCGCCUCCCUGGUGAUCUGCUUUGCGGGUUUCCAGAUCACGGCCUCCAACGUGGAGGACAUUGUGCUGUACUUCAUCUUCUUCUCGGCCUCGCUGGUGCAGGUCUUCGUGGUGUGCUACUACGGUGACGAAAUGAUCUCCUCGAGCUCCCGCAUCGGGCAUGCCGCCUUCAACCAGAACUGGCUGCCCUGCAGCAGCAAGUACAAGCGCAUCCUGCAGUACAUCAUAAUGCGAAGCCAGAAGCCUGCCUCCAUCCGGCCGCCCACCUUCCCGCCCAUCUCCUUCAACACCUUCAUGAAGGUCAUCAGCAUGUCCUACCAGUUCUUCGCCCUGCUCCGCACCACCUACUACGGCUAG